AAACCGAAACUAGGUCGCUGGAAGUAUAAGCUUUCUCACUAAAUCACGAGAUGGAUAAUAUUAUGUACUCACUGUUUUGUAGUGCCGCGUGGAAGAAAUGUACCGAAACACGAAUGAAAAAUUAGGCAUUUGGAGCGUGUUGAAGCUGAACUUGACCGUUGCCGACUACAAAGGAGAAAGUUUGUUGCAUCUUUUUCUUUUGCUGGAUUUUCGGGCUUUUGGUGGAUUUCGUUGAGAUCAGCAGUGGUUCAGUGUGAUGUGGUUUGUACGGAAGGUCGGACCGGGAGUGGUUCAAGUGUUUGUCGAAUGAAUCGCAUUACUGCUAGCGAGAACAAUCCACACUUCGCACCCUAAGCAAUGUCACUGAUCGAUUGGGACAGUCCUGUCAGCAUAGUAGCGUACGUAGUAACUGCAAUCGCGAUAUUCAUUUCCUUGUUCAAAUACUACUUGUAUCUCACGUGUGGAAAAAUCACAUCCAGUCGCAACAUGGAAGGUAAAACGGUUAUUAUCACUGGAGCCAAUUCGGGCAUUGGCAAGGAAACUGCCCGGGAUUUAGCGAAACGAGGUGCUCGCAUAAUAAUGGCCUGUCGGAACAUGGAAACGGCCAAGAAAGCUCGGGAGGAAAUAAUGGCUGAAUCUGGAAAUUCCAACCUUAUCAUCAAACACAUCGACAUCAGUUCUCUAGCUUCGGUGCGAAAUUUCGCCCAGGACAUCGUCACUACCGAAAGAGUGAUUGACGUUCUCAUCCACAAUGCCGGUGUUGCUCAAGGAUUCAAGAACAAGGUCACGCCGGAUGGUCUGGAGUUCACCAUGGCCACCAACUGCUACGGUCCAUUUCUGUUGACGCAUCUUCUGAUCGAUCAGUUGAAGAAAUCGGACCAAGGUCGAAUCAUUAUCGUAUCAUCCAAAUUGUAUCGAUUUGCCCACGUCCGCAGCGAUCUAAGCAACAUCAAUCCGGUCAACUACUUUUCACUCUUUCCCGUGGAGUUGUACAAUUUGUCUAAGUGCAUAGAGAUUAUGAUCACCCAGGAGUUGGCUCGGCGUUUAGCUGGAACGCGGAUAACCGCAAACUGCCUUCAUCCGGGAGUUAUCGAUACGGGAAUCUGGCGCAACAUUCCAUUUCCGGCGAGUCUGUUAUUCAAGCCAAUUCAAAUGUGCUUCCGUACACCGGAGGAGGGUGCAAGAACGACUGUAUUCCUUACCGUUUCACCUGAUGUGGAGAAGAUCAGCGGAGAAUACUUCCGCGGGUGCAAGGUGACCAAGCUAAACCGGCGGGUACAGAACAAAGAGCUUCAGGGUAGACUGUGGAAAGCUGCACAGGAGCUGGUGAAACUGACUGAAAAGGAUCCGAAAAUUUAGAGUAACCUGUUUGUAUGUAUGUUCUAUUGUCGGAUUCCGGAAUUUCGUUAUGUAGAAGUCGUCAAAGGGAUACAUUGUUAGAUACCAUUUAACUUUUUUAUGUCACUUGCAUUGUACAGUGGUGGCACUACGCUUUCUGUCAGUGAGUGAAUUUAGUUGGCAGCGUAGUUGCAAGUAGUGCCAACACAGUUACCCUCCCAAAACAUCAAGUUCAAUUUUCGCGACUAGUCUUUUUGGAACAAAAGGGAAUAAUUUUCUAAAGUAAGUGUCUAGGUAGGAUAUUAAGCAUUAAGAACGCCGAAGCUAAAAAUAAACGAAAUAAAAUGAUCA